GGGCGGGUACGUUACCUUUGAGAAGCAGAUCCAUUUCUACGCAAAAUCAAAGACGCAGACAAGGAACGAAGUUUGAAGAAAGCCAAAGCGAGAGAGAGAGAGAGAUGGCGGUAAUGGAGAAGCUGAAGAUUUUCAUAGUGCAAGAGCCAGUAGUCGCAGCUUCUUGCCUCAUCGCUGGCGUUGGCCUCUUCCUUCCAGCGGUUGUGAGGCCCAUUCUUGACUCCUUCGAAGCAUCUAAACAAGUUCCCCAGCCUGCUUUAAGUGAUGUGGUUGCAGGUAUGACUGGUAAGAAAUAAGGAUGAUGGUGUCAUGCCCAGCCUUUCAAUUUUAUUAUCAUCAGCAAUGUAAUAAGCCUACCUUUUACGAUAAUUAUUGGAGAAUUAAAUGAUGCAUAUCAAACAUCUUCCCAUUUUGUGUUGUGCUAUAUGAAUGGCUUUCUUUCUGCUGAUUUUGAACGGUUUAGGUUCACUUCAACCCUAAUUAAUGCCUUGUUAUAUUCAA